AUGUCGUAUUCACUGAAAGGCCGCAACAUUCUUAUUACUGGUGGCUCAAGAGGCCUAGGGGCUCUUGUUGCAGAAAGGUUUGGGGCAAACGGCGCUAAUAUUGCCAUUAACUAUAUCACGAGUGAGGAUCAAGCCCGGAAGGCAGCAUCCAAAAUCGAGGUAGAAUCCAAGGUCAAGACUGUCGUUAUCCAAGGCGAUGUCGGAUCCCAAGAGGACUGUGUCAGAGUAGUUAAAGCGGCAAUUGAGAAGCUGGGUGGUCUUGAUGUCGUGAUAUCUAAUGCAGGUUGGACAAAGUUCGCCGAAUUUGGAGACUUGCAUGCCUUGAGUGAAGACGACUGGGACAAGUGUUGGGCAACUAACGUGAAAGGCAACUUUCAUCUCUUCAGGGAGGCUUUACCUACUUUUAAUUUAAAUCCUGAAGGUGGUGCUUUUAUCAUCACUUCAUCUACAGCGGCUAUUUCUGCAACGGGGAGUAGUAUGGCAUACUCAGUAACAAAGGCAGCUGGACUACACCUUAUGAAAACCCUUGCUCAAACACAAGGGCCAAAGGUCCGUAUAAACGCAGUUUUGCCAGGUUUGUUACUCACCGAGUGGGGUCAACGAUUUUCACCGGAACAGAGGGUAGCCUAUGAGAACCGAACAGUGUUAAAACGAGUGGCUACUUUGGAGGAUUGUGCUGAUGUCUUUAUAACACUUGCAACGAAUAUGUCCAUCACCGGGCAGUUAAUCCCAGUGGAUGGAGGGUUUAUCAUUAGGUGA